GUUCACUGCAGUGACAGAGCUAUCAUAGACUCCAAAGCUCCGGGAACACUACAGACACUGUGAACAGCACAAAGGAUCACAUCUCAUCGUCACUCACCAUGUGCCGAGGACUGGAAUCACUGCCUACCACAUGUCUGGAGAGGGCAAAGGAACUCAAAGCUCUCUUUGGAAGUUUUCUACAAAAGCCAGAUCUGAGCAUCAUCGGUCACUCAAACAAGACUGACAAACUAAGGUUAAAUAAGAGCGAGCCAUUAAAAUGGAAGGAGUCGUUUGAGAACCUGCUGUCCAACCAAAAUGGACUGUGCUUGUUCCGAGCUUUCCUGGUGUCGGAGUUUAGCGAGGAGAACAUAGCUUUCUACCUGGCCUGUGAAGACUACAGGAUAACCAAUACCUCCUCAAAGCUAUCAGCUAAAGCUAAAAAGAUCUAUGAGGAGUUUGUCUGCAGUGACGCACCAAGAGAGGUCAACCUCGACCAUGAGACCAAAGCCAUCACCAAGAAGAAUCUGGAGCACCCCAGCCAGUCCUGUUUCAGCCUGGCUCAGGAGAAGAUCUACGCCCUGAUGGAGAAAGACUGCUACCCUCGCUUCCUCAAGUCCACCACCUACCUGGAGAUCAGUCGGCAGGUUAAAGCCGUUUAAGGCUUGUUAAGACAGGUUAAGGCUGGUUGAGGCUUGUUAAGACUGGUUAAGCCCCACUGCAUGCUGAAAAGCACACACUGGAAACCAGGUGGUCUCACUAGGGUCCUCCUCAGUGGAGGAGGGGUCCUGUGCUGCUGGGUCAGAAGUAUGGAGGGUGGGCUGAAGAUGUAUACUGGAUUGAACUGGAAGUCAGUCGGAAGUUGAGACUGGAAAUCUCGUCCUGUGGCCUGGGAAAGAAGCCCGCUCACUAUGAAGAUUGAGGUAUUGAAGUCUGUAAAAGUUGAACAUGUGUCUUGAAGUCAAAGACACACAAAGAAGUUCAUGGAGUUUGAGCAGAAAGAAGAAUUUGAUGGAAAAGAAGGACAGCUUUGCAUAAUCAGUGAUGGAGAAGCUGUUAUAGUGUUGUAUUGUCUGAUGCCUGUCUAUUUAUUUUUGUAUUUAUUAGCAGUUAUUUAAUUUUGUUAUAGAAAUUUUAUUGAAAUGUUUGUACUGUACAGUGCACUGUACUGUUCUACAUGUUUUAUUUUAUUUAUGUAUACUUUUUUUAUACCCAGAACUCCUUAUGUGAAAGGAAAUUAUUUGAAUAUAAACGGAACUAUAUGAAACAUCAUGA